CCCUCGUUCAUGAGUUGCAGCCUCAUGCCAAGGAAGUGUACCGUUUCCUUGGGGUAAAUGAGAUUAACAGGGACAAGUAGUCAGUCCUCCCACUUUGAACGUAUCAUGUUGGAGGAAGGGAACCAUUGCAGAUCCCACCAAUGCUUCCGUACUGUGAGGCAACACCCUCACGACCAUAUAUGAACUACGGUAUGCUUGGUCAAGAUAUCAUGCAGGGACAUCUGCGGAAGCAUCUUGCUAAAUACUCUUGUUUUGUGGAGCUCAGGACCGAGCUCCGUUCUUUCCAACAGUACUCGACGCACGUUGAAUCUCGGGUCGGGGAGGUUUCUGAUCCUGACCACCCCGAAGAAGUGAUCGAUAUCGACUAGCUGAUUAGAGUGGAUGGCGCGAGGGAUGAUUAUACUGCUCAUGGUAUCGGCGGAGAUAUGUCUUGACGUAUGUUCCUUGGGCGUUGUACAAAAGAGCCUGUUUUUAGGCGCGAGAUGAAUCAGGGAUGCUGGUUGCUAACCUUAAGGUGGGGGGAGGGGGGAGUUGGAUGAGGAUGUAAGAGGAUCUUUGGGACUUUUUU